CAUACGCUGACAUUCACAAGAUGGCGGCCACGUUACGUCCUCCCCAUUGCCAGUCUCAAUGUGGUGGCCGGAUGUCGCUCUCCUGGUGACGCACUAAGGGUGACCGGCAGCGUGAAGAUGGCAGAGGGAGAGCGGGCAGCGGAUACCGGAGGCGGGGAGACCGGGGAGAAGACGGCCGAGGAGUUAAAGGAGAAAGCCAACGAGUACUUCCGGGGUAAUGGCUCCCCCCCAGCAUGGGGCGUGUGGGUGACCGCGUGUGUGGCUGCAACACUGCACUUUACUGGGGGGCCGAAACGUAGUCCUCCCCCAGCAAUGCUGCAGCCACAACUCCCAGUAUGGCCAGCCAGCCCGCCCCCAGCAAUGCUGCAGCCACAACUCCCAGUAUGGCCAGCCAGCCAGCCCCCCAGCAAUGCUGCAGCCACAACUCCCAGUAUGGCCAGCAAGCCUGCCCUCCCUCCCCAGCAAUGCUGCAGCCACAACUCCCAGUAUGGCCAGCCAGCCCCCCCAGCAAUGCUGCAGCCACAACUCCCAGUAUGGCCAGCCAGCCCUCCCCCAGCUGCAGCCAACUGCAUGGCAGCCAGCAGCUAGCCACAACUCCCAGUAUGGCCAGCCAGCCCCCCAGCAAUGCUGCAGCCACAACUCCCAGUAUGGCCAGCCAGCCCCCCCAGCAAGCCACAACUCCCAGCUGCCCCCCAGCAGCUGCAGCCACAACUCCCAGUAUGGCCAGCCAGCCAGCCCAGCAAUGCUGCAGCCACAACUCCCAGUAUGGCCAGCCAGCCAGCCCCCCCAGCAAUGCUGCAGCCACAACUCCUUGGCCAGUGCCAGCCCUCCCCAGCAAUGCUGCAGCCACAACUCCAGUAUGGCCAGCCAGCCAGCUCCCCCCAGCAAUGCUGCAGCCACAACUCCCAGUAUGGCCAGCCAGCCCCUCCCCAGCAAUGCUGCAGCCACAACUCCCAGUAUGGCCAGCCAGCCCAAUGCCAGCCAUGCUGCAGCCAGCAAUGCUGCAGCCACAACUCCCAGUAUGGCCAGCCAGCCCCCCCCCAGCAAUGCUGCAGCCACAACUCCCAGUAUGGCCAGCCAGCCAGCCCUUUGGCUGAGAGUAGGGAUCCUCCAACAGCUGUAUAGGAGUGAGCUUACUGUCCACCCCUGAAUGCCAUGGGCCAGGGCAUCUCUGCAUUGUGUAUAUACACUAUACUGCUAAUAUAUAUAUAUAUAUAUAUAUAUAUAUAUAUAGUGUGUCUGUAUAAUAUAUACACUAUAUACUGCUAUUAUAUAUAUAUAUAUAUAUAUAUAUAGUGUGUGUCUGUAUAAUAAUAUAUACACUAUACUGCUAUUAUAUAUAGUGUGUGUAUAAUAUAUACACUAUAAACUGCUAUUAUAUAUAGUGUGUGUCUGUAUAAUAUAUACACUAUAUACUGCUAUUAUAUAUAUAUAUAUAUAUAUAUAUAUAUAUAUAUAUUAGUGUGUGUCUGUAUAAUACUGUAUAUAAUAGCAGUAUAUAGUGUAUAUAUUGUGUGUCUGUAUAAUAAUAUAUACACUAUACUGCUAUUAUAUAGUGUGUGUCUGCAUUGUAUAUACACAAUAUACUGCUAUUAUAUAUAUAUAGUGUGUCUGCAUGAUAUAUACACUAUACUGUAUGAUAUAUACUGUAUGAUAUAUACACUAUACUGGUAUAUAUAUAUAUAUAUAUAUAAUGUGUGUGUGUGUGCUCUCAUUAAUGGCUUUAUUGGGUAUAUAUACAUAUCACUUAGAGUUUGGAGGAAAUCUGCAAUGUUAAGAAAUCAAUGUAUAAUGUGGGACAUUCAGGAAGUUGCAGACAAACAAAAACUGUCCAGGAACAUGCUGAAAUGAACCAUUAAAGGACCACUAUAGUGCCAGGAAAACAUACUCGUUUUCCUGGCACUAUAGUGCCCUGAGGGUGCCCCCACCCUCAGGGACCCCCUCCCGCCCGGUUCUGGAAGGGGGAAAGGGGUAAUAACUUACCUUUUUCCAGCGCUGGGCGGAGAGCUCUCCUCCUCCUCUCCGCCUCCGAUCCUCCCUGCCGGCUGAAUGCGCACGCGCGGCAAGAGCUGCGCGCGCAUUCAGCCCGUCGCAUAGGAAAGCAUUUACAAUGCUUUCCUAUGGACGCUUGCGUGCUCUCACUGUGAAAAUCACAGUGAGAAGCACGCAAGCGCCUCUAGUGGCUGUCAAUGAGACAGCCACUAGAGGAUUAGGGGGAAGGCUUAACCCAUUCAGAAUUAUAGCAGUUUCUCUGAAACUGCUAUAAUUAUGAAAAAAUGGGUUAAGCCUAGAAGGACCUGGCACCCAGACCACUUCAUUAAGCUGAAGUGGUCUGGGUGCCUAGAGUGGUCCUUUAAGGAAUGGUCCAGGAUUGGAAGUGAAUUUCACGUUUUAGGCCAGGGUCACUAAGUUUUAAAGUUAAUUUAUUUUAGCCUAAAACUUGAAGUUUAUCUGAAGUUCACUUUGAGUUUCUGACACUUCACGUUUUAGUGAAUAACAGAAUUUUAAACUAUACAUCCAGAAGAUUGAGACUGUUUUGCUAACUGUGUUCUAAUUUAUAAAGUCUCAUACAGAGUGAGGGGCCAUAGUGAGGGUUUGCACAAACUUGGUGACAAGAUAAUCCAAUGUAGGAUGUAGUGAGACUGGUAUACAGUAUUAUUCAAUGUGUUCCUUCAUUAUGCCUGGGCUAAUCAAUUAUGUCAGUGUGUUGUUUGUAAGGUUUAUUUUAAAAGGAAUUUGUGUUCUGCUUUUUGUUUAAAAAGAGAGUGUGGGGUCUGAGAGAAAGCUAGCACAGCUUAGUGUGAUGCCUUAUUCAUAGAUGUCCACAUUUCUCAUGCAGACUAGCUUCUGGUCAUGUCUUUUUGGGAAUCAAACUAAUUUGCAUGUUUGAAACUGCAUGUUCUCUUCAUGGGUGUGAGGUAUGAUACACACCAGACGCUCAUUCAAUAGAAGAACCAGGAAUGACUGUCUAUAUAUAUAUAUAUAUAUAUAUAUAUAACGUCUAAACAUCUCCUUCUCUUCUCUGAGUUGCUUAGUUAAUUCACAAUCACAGCAAAACUGAGAACAAGUAUUCUUGUGUCUUUUUUUUUUUAAUACUGACAUUUUAUUUAUUACACAGACUGUGGAAACAUUCCUGUGCAUGUAAUACAAGAGUGUCAAAAUAAUAGAUAUAUAUAUAAUUCAUUGAUACUUUUGCAAUCUUCAUAUAAGUUGAAUGAAUCCUACAAAUCACAGCUACAUAUGUCAAGGUAUACUUUACAUGAAAGAUGUAGAAGUGGAUGCCAAACAUUUCUGGCUGCAGAGCAUAUGCAGAUGAAAGUGACGACCAAUCCAAAUCUAUGGUAAAUGGCAAUAUUCAUAAGGCAGGGUCUUCUUGAUUUGCUCACUUUCACACAAAAUCUUCAAGCCCGCACAUACCUAAAAUUAGUAAGCAAUAGCACAUGGAUUUUCUCUUGUAAUAGUACACUUUAAUAUCUAAACGAGUUGGGCUAGCGUAUCGCAACAUCUGUUUAUUAGUGUAGCAGAUCUUUUGCCACAGGAUUCCUGCUGAGCAGGGUAACAUAUGUGCCCAGCUAUUUCUUUGAAUAGUAUGUGGUGCCAGGAGUGGCUGAAUAAUCUCAGCCACUUCCUCUUCUCUUCAGGUUUUUGGCAGUUGUAAAAGUAAAUAUAUAACAGUUUUUUGUUUGUUUUAAAAAAAUAAAAUAAAAAAAUUUGUAAGCGUCUUUGGAAUAGUAUUCUAUUACUUUCCUUCCCCUCUCACUAGCUAUAAAGUUCAGGAUCUACCCUUUUUUGUCUCACCAUCUUGUUGACUGUCCAUUUUAGUGAACACUUGUGAAGUCCUUAGCAUGGUUGCCCGUCAGUCCCUUUUGAAUUUUAUUUCUGUAUUUCUCACUUCUUAAUUUGUACAGCAUUGCUGCAUAUGUUGAGCACAUAGUGAUUAAAAGAUAAUUACCAUUGAUGCUUAAUUGUAUUGUAUUCUUUAUUUAACGCUGCUGUUCACAUAGUCUCUGAGGAUAUGUAUUCUUGUUGCUAAGGCACAUUCUAAAUAAAAACAUAUUCUAUUUAGGAUGUGACACGGGCGUUACAUGAGGCCCACACGUUUAGUGUAAGAGAAUUCUAAAAGCAGAUACCCUGGUGAUCUAGCGAUGUGCAGAAAAUAUCCCCCAUUUCUGUUCAGUAAGCAAACGUGUGAGCACAAGGAAAUGUCAGGGUUCAUAAAAUAUAUUAUUAGCAUGCUUCUGAUAAGGGCUCAUACCAGGUCACGUGAAGCAUCUUGUGUUCUGUGGCAUUUCCUUUAUAUAUUAUAAAUGAUCCCUUAUCCUUGUGAGAAGGUGUAAUUUGGUCUAUGCCAGGUAGUGUGAACUGGCAUUUGAGGCAGGAAUGUUUUAGUUAAAUAACACAAACACUCUGGACACAUCCAGUCCAGGAAUGACAUUUAUACAGUACAACUCCAUGUUGAUUUAAUCAUCCUGACCCAGCCGUUCUAAUGCUCCAUAAAGGAGUUAAUAGAGUUGUAAGCAUCCAGCAAGCACACCAUUGCUUUACUCACUAAGAUUGCAAAAUGUCCCUGAUCCCUGCAAUCCAGUCACAAGUCGAGUCCAAAAAGAGGUCCAUCAAACCUUUAUUGGUAGAAAAGCACUACAAAUUUUACUUGGGUCCCACAGCAAGCAUUGUUUCAAUCUAACAAAAAUGUUAUCAAGCUGCAAGUCCUGCAUAGUACAGUCAGUCUGAUGGGAGGACAUGUCCCUGGUAACUUCAUUCGUUCUGUGAGAGAUAUAAAUGCCGCCUUCUAUAAAUGCCCAUAUUAUAUAUAUAUAUAUAUAUAUAUAUAUAUAUAUAUAUACAUACACACACAAUACAGAGGCUUACCUAUAGGAAUGCAAGUGCUGCCCCCUGUUGGUGGUGGCUGAUUGACUCGAAGUGGUGGUAGGAUUCUAUCCACUUCAUCUCUUGAAUUAAGUGCUUUCUCAUCAUGCCUGCUAAAUUUCCUGUGAGGUAUUUGUGGGUGAUUCUUCUGUUACUCCGCCUGGCUGCCACUCUUAAAGGGUGACUGUAAGCACCAUCACAACUUUGCAUUAUUCUAAAGGUAAUGGUUCAGAGAGCACCCGGGGUCGAUUGUCAGUACUGAUAUAAUCUAUGAACUGCCUGCUGCAGCUGUUAGUACUGAAAUAAUCUGAGAACUGCUCGCUGCACCUUUAAGACAGUCUUUCAGAGGUAGGUAGAAUGCUUUUAGUGUAUCAACUCCACUGUUUAAAUUCCAGAAUCCCAGAAACCAAUUUCUUACGUUUAUGGGUUUCUUUACAAGUUUCAAGUCAGAAUUACACACCGUUUUCAAAACUGACGGGAGACCUGAAAAAUGCAGAAGUUUGGAUUCCCUUGAGUAGAAAUAUUACCAUGUCAUUUCCUAGAGACUGAAAAUUAAAAAAUGUUAAUUAAUGUACCUCCAAUGUCUGGUUCCUUUUCAGUGAAGGAUUAUGAUCGGGCUGUGCAGUAUUACACAAAGGCCAUCGCUCUGAACCCUGAUACUGCAAUAUACUAUGGAAACCGCAGCUUGGCGUAUCUCCGCACUGAAUGUUAUGGCUAUGCUUUGGCCGAUGCUUCCCAGGCUAUUCAACUGGAUGCCAAGUACAUCAAAGGCUAUUACCGGCGAGCAGCCAGCAAUAUGGCCCUGGGGAAACUCAAAGCUGCCCUAAAGGAUUAUGAAACGGUCAGACUCUCUGCCAGAGUGUGGAGUUCUAUGCUUCUCCUAAACUGUUCCAGUGAUGGUUAGUCUGUGCAUUGCAGCUGUUGUGUGCUGUAUUUCACAUGAUACUUAUUGGUAAUGUAGUCCUCAGCCGCUCUAAUGCAAAGAUUAGUUGUUACUCUUUUUCAUUCUUUUAGUUUCUUUCCUCUUGUGCAUUUAUUUACUUUGUGCGUUUUUGUUUUCUCUUCCACAUUUCUAGCCGUAUUUAAAAAUAAUUUCAUGCCACCUUGUCUUCUUUUUUCCCCAGGUGGUUAAGGUUCGUCCCCACGACAAGGAUGCCCAGAUGAAAUUUCAGGAGUGCAGCAAAAUGGUUAGACAGAAGGCGUUUGAACGUGCAAUUGCUUGCGACUCGAACCAUCGCUCUGUUGUGGACUCCUUGAACAUUGAAGGAAUGAGUAAGUGGUGGCAGGGAGACUGGUGGAAUUGGAUAAUGUGAACAUUAAAUACCCGAGAAAGACUUUACAAAAUAAAUCUUUGCAGAUGUGAGUUUAUGUAUAUAGAGCGGUUUGUUGAAAAUAGGGUGCAACAUUGGCGUCAUGGUGAUUGCGUUAAUAUAAAUUCUUUGCCGCACAGUUACUUGUUAUGAAUAGCCUCAGGUUUCUUGUUUAUGUUGAUCUGCAACUACUUAAUGUAUAUUGCCAUUCCUUACAUCAGCCUUUGAUUAAACAGAAUGCCUUGGUAACUGACAGUAUAUCCUCUGGCUGCUUCAGAAGUUCCCCAGGUUAAGAAGCUCUGAUAUAGGGUUCUGUUAAAAAACAUCCUGUUGGAAGUACUUGACAACCAACAUGCAAAAUAUAGCCCAAAAUGGAUGUUGGGAGACAAACUGAUGCUUUUUAAUGUAAUAUUUUGCGAUUCCAAAUGAUUCUGGGCACAAUUCAUGAGUGCACAGUAUGAAUUAAGGAUGAGCUGCUGCCUCCUGUUUACACACCUCUUUCCAUGUCUCCAGCUAUUGAAGAUGAGUACACCGGUCCCCAGUUACAGGAUGGCAAAGUCACAUUGGAUUUUAUGAUAGAAUUAAUGAAAUUUUAUAAAGAUCAGAAAAGGCUUCACCGGAAGUGUGUAUACCAGGUAAAUGCACAUAUCCAUGUUUGCUUUUGUUGUAGUAAGACUCUUCAGAUUUAAAAUGUCAACACUAUUUGAGAACCUAGUAAUUGCAUUAAUAAUUUAUUAGUGUAGUUUAAGCAUGGACUUGUUUUACCAGUAUGACUUUCAUACUGAUAUUCCAGCAUGUUUUUUGGAAACCAGGAGAUAAUUAAUUUGGGUUUCUACCAUUGCACGGGUGGAAGCUGUUUUUGUUUGGGUGAUAUCCCAUGUGUAGGCUCUUGAAGUGCUGUGACAUUCUGAUAAUGUGUAUCUCCCUGACACACAAACAGCCUGUGUUUCCGCCUUUGUCCCUCUUCUUGUAGAUGCUAGUACAGAUGAAAGAAAUUCUGUCGAAACUUCCCAGCCUAGUGGAAAUCACACUGGACAAGGUUUGUACAAAUCGUAAUCAGGACAGUAACAUAAUUUUAUUUUGUGUGUGUGUGUGUGUAUGUAUGUAUGUAUGUAUGUGUGUAUAUAUAUAUAUAUAUAUAUAUAUAUGCAUUAAAGGAACACUGUAGUGUCAGGAAAGGUUAAAAACCUAUUUUAGGUGGCCAGGCCCCAUUGCCCCUGUUAAGAGAUACUUACCAUUUAUUCCAGAGCUGCUGGCUCUGCUCCGCUCUUUGCCUUGGCUGAGAUCAUUAAAAUUGACUAUCUCAGCCUCCCAAGGAAAGCAUUGGGAGGCUAUUGCGCAUGCACGGCAAAACACUAAUCCUCUAUGAGGAACAUUAUGCGCUUCCAUGCAGAGCGUAGAGACGGUGAACAUCCAUGCUUAACAUUGUGCAGCACUGACCCAGGAAGCACCUCAAGUGGGAGUCUGCGUGUCAAUACAGGUGUUACUAGGCAGUAAUGUAAACACUGCCUUUUCUAUGAAAAUCUUAUAGAUUUUUUUUUGAUUGGGUAAUUAAAAUAAAAGAUCAGGGUGGUGCAGGAGACAAGGUAGUGCUUACUUAGAUUUCAGUAAGGCUUUUGACACUUUCGCACAUAGAAGGCUUAUCAAUAAACUGCAAUCUUUAAGUUUGGAUUCCAAUAUUGUUAAACGAGUUAGGCAGUGGCUGAGUGAAGGGCAACAGAGGGUUGUAGUAUUCAAAGCAAGGUCUUGUUACCAGUGGGGUACCUCAGGGAUCUGUUCUUGGACCCAUUCUAUUUAAUAUUUUUAUUAGUGAUCUUGCAGAAGGUCUUGAUGGUAAGGUAUGUCUUUUUGCUGAUGAUACUAAGAUAUGUAACAGGGUUGAUGUUCAAGGAGGGAUAAGCCAAAUGGCAAAUGAUUUUGGUAAACUAGAAAAAUGGUCAGAGCUGUGGCAACUGACAUUUAAUGUGGAUAAGUGCAAGAUAAUACACCUUGGACGUAAAAAUCAAAGGGCAGAGUAUAGAAUAUUUGAUAGAUUUAGGGCUAAUAAUUUCAGAUGACUUAAAGGUAGGCAGACAAUGUAAUAGAGCAGCAGGAAAUGCUAGCAGAAUGCUUGGUUGUAUAGGGAGAGGUAUUAGCAGUAGAAAGAGGGGAAGUACUCAUGCCAUUGUACAGAACACUGUACGCAGUACUGCAGACCGUAUCUCCAGAAGGAUAUUGAUACUUUAGAGAGAGUUCAGAGAAGGGCUACUAAACUGGUUCAUGGAUUACAGGAUAAAAUUUACAAGGAAAGGUUAAAGGAUCUAAAUAUGUAUAGUUUGGAGGAAAGAUGAGACAGGGGGGAUAUGAUAGAAACAUUUAAAUACAUAAAGGGAAUCAACACAGUAAAGGAGGAGACUAUAUUUAAAAGAUGAAAACCACCACAACAAGAGGACAUAGUCUUAAAUUAGAGGGGCAAAGGUUUAAAAAUAUCAGGAAGUAUUACUUUACAGAGAGGGUAGUGGAAGCAUGCAACAGCCUUCCAGCUAAAGUGGUAAAGGUUAGCACAGUGAAGGAGAUUACGCAUGCAUGGGCAUAAGGCUAUCCUAGAUUUAAGAUAAGGCCAGGGACUAAUUAAAGUAUUUAGAAAAUUGGGCAGACUGGAUGGGCCUCAUGGUUCUUAUCUGCCAUCACAUUCUAUCUUUCUAAAACAAACUCAAAGCUGCAAGAUUAAAUUAGAUUUUGUUUACAUCUGUCUUUUGGAUUUAAAGCAAAUAAUAAUUUGAAUCAGUGCAUCUCUAUGAGGAAAAUUCCUGCAGAGCGUGGAGAUGCUGAACGGCAGUUCUGCCUACUGUGCAGCACUGUGCCAGGAAGCACCCACACUGAAGAGUGGCCACGUGGAGGUGUCCCUAAGGGCAAUGUAAACACUGCCUUUUCUCUGAAAAGGCAGUGUUUGCAUGAAAAUGAAUGCAUAUAAUGAUACUCCCCAUAAUAAAUACAUUAAGCUGUAGUUGUUCUCGUGACUAUAGUGUCCCUUUAAACUCCAGGAAACAGCAGGAAGCGCCACUAGAGGGAGUCGUAGUACUGCAUUGCAGCUUCUCUAAAACCGUUAUGUUUUACAUGGCAGGAUUAAGGGGGAGAGGGACACUGCAUCCUUGCCACUUUAACAAGAUGAAGUGGACUGGGUGCCUAUAGUGUCCCUUUAGGAACACAUUAUUAUAUUUACUUCCUUUCAUGUGUUUUUUCCUGUCCAACUCUUCCUGUUUUCUGCAUCCUUGAUCUCAUCUCUUUGUCUUUUAUCAUUUUUUUUGACAGUCUGAACAGGUGACAGUCUGUGGUGAUACACAUGGCCAGUUUUAUGAUUUAAUGAAUAUAUUCCAACUCAAUGGGCUCCCGUCUGAAAGUAAUCCAUAUGUAUCCUUAACCAUAUCUGUAAUGAAAGCACUUGACUCCUCCUUGAUAUACUUUGUACCUACCUUGUAACUAUCACUACCGUCAGCUUUUUUUUUUUUUUUUCUCAGCUCCUGGGUUUCACAUUUUGCCCUGGGGCCCUUUAUCUGUAGCUCCUAGCUUUCACAAUCCUUUCCUGUUGCACUUCUACAUCUCCUGGUUCUUUCUUUCCUCUCCUAGUGCCUUUUUACGGCAAACUCCUUCCUUUCACAACCCUCCCCUGGGGCCCUUUUUCUGUAGCUCCUAGCCCUCGCAUUUCUCCCCUGGGGCCCCUUUUUCUGUAGCUCCUAGCCCUCGCAUAACUCCCCUGGGGCCCUUUUUUCUGUAGCUCCUAGCCCUCGCAUUUCUCCCCUGGGGCCCUUUUUCUGUAGCUCCUAGCCCUCGCAUUCCUCCCCUGGGGCCCUUUUUCUGUAGCUCCUAGACCUCGCCUUUCUCCCCUGGGGCCCUUUUUCUGUAGCUCCUAGCCCUCGCAUUUCUCCCCUAGUGCACUUUUUCCGCAUCUCCUGGGGUCCUUUUUCUGUUGCUUUUGACUCACAUUGCUAUCUUGUGGCCCUUUGUUUGUUUUUCCUGAGUUCCUGCAGAUAUUCAAUGGUGACUUUGUGGACCGCGGCUCAUUUUCAGUGGAGGUUAUUGUGACACUAUGUGGCUUCAAACUACUUUACCCAGCUCAUUUCCACCUACUACGAGGUGAGCCCAAACCCUGUUACAUGUCUAUAACAAUGUUACACCUCUCACUCUCCUUCCAUGUCCAAAUAUAAAGCACCUCUAUCAAUUCUUAAUGUUUACUUCAUCUCCACAGUUACUACAAGCCCUCACUGCAUGUCUUGGUAGGUCCCAAAUCACCCUACACAAGUCAUUGUUCUGUGUGUGCCAUGUACAUGCUCAUACAGCUUUUGUGAAUAAUUGUAAAUUUAAAAAAAAAGCAGCUCUGCCUAUACCUUGUGUCUGUAGUUGGCAAUAUUCAGCACUCCAGAUGUUAUGGAUUAUAUCUCCCCUGAUGCUUUGCCAGCCUUCUGACUAAGAGCAUUAUUGGAGAUGUAGUCCACCCUAGGUGGUAUUACAGCGCCGGUUCCUAUUUUAAACCAUCUGUUGCUGUCUGUAGUGGUUAUGGUGCUUUAGUGCCUCAUUAUGUUAAUAUUCCAUAAAAUAAAUUCAGGCAGGUAAUAUAAGAUUAAAUUUAUACCCAAUGUGCUGGCAGAAUUCCUUUAAAACAUAUAGGGUGAAAGUGAAGCUCACUUACUCCACCUUUAAGAUGGUACAAGGAUAUACACUACGUGACUUUUUUCCCCAUUCGUGUCUCAUUUAUUUCUUGAGUGUUUUAUCUUAAAACAAUUUUAGUCGUUUUUUGUUUUUGUUUUGUUUUUCUCCUUUUCUCUCUGUCCUUUUCCUAUUUUACUAACAUUCCUCUUACCCUAUGAGGUCUUUUUUUUUAAAGUUGGGUCUGGCAUGAAAGCUACUUAUAAAGUUCUUUUCCGGAGUAAUUUUUUAUUUAUUUUUAUAUCCAGGUAACCACGAGACAGACACUAUGAACCAAAUGUAUGGCUUUGAAGGCGAGGUGAAGGCCAAGUACUCUAACCAGAUGUUCCAGCUGUUUAGUGAGGUUUUCCAGUGGCUGCCGCUGGCAAUGUGCAUUAAUAAUCGCGUGCUGGUAAGAUGUGGAGUUAUUGUUCAUUUUAUAUACUUAGCAUUCUCUGCUGCCGGGUUUCAUGUAUCCCCAGGAUCUGUGACUCAUAAUCCUCUCACUGCAGGUACUUAUUGAGCAGCUAUCAUAGUAAUUAGACAGCGACACAUUACAGCUGUAAUUUCUGUGCUGUGGUUAUGGCAUUCUCCACUUAGUAGUAAAAUAAACCUUUGACUUAUGUCAACACGAUCCACCACACCUCAUCAUUCAUAAACUCACAGGUCGCUAGGAGCUAUAUUUACAGGAGGAAGCCAAACUCGUAAUCCUUAAGGCGCUAGAAAUGUGCCCAGUACUCUGGUUUGCAAUGCACUGAGCACACUCCUGGCAUGCCAUGUUAAGCAGAGUAUACUGUUUGCUUUUGCUUAAUGAUGUUAUUUUGAGAGAAUAAUGCAAUCUCAGGGAUUUACUGGGAAGUCUUUGUUUAAUUAUACUCUGAAAUAAGCUUUGUUCUUAAACUGUUUGUGUAUUAACUCUGUAGAUUAUGCACGGAGGCCUGUUCUCAGAGGACGGAGUAACUUUGGAUCAAAUCCGAAAUAUUGAAAGGAACCGUCAGCCUCCAGAUUCAGGUGGGUACAGUGCAGUCAUCAUUGAAUCUUUUGUUUUUUUUAAUGUGUGUUUCCUGUAUAGCUCCAACUUCAAUUUUGUCUUCUACUAAAUAAUUUGGCACCCGUUUGAUGCAAAUAAAGAUCAAUAUACACCAAAUAACCUGCCCUAAUUACUAUGAAAAAGUAAAAGGUAUUGUUGCAGACACCACAACCAACAACACGUGGGGACCAUUUAAAAACCGUUCGUGCACCCUGCAUCAUAUUCCUCUCUUGUUUAUCGUUACAGGGCCAAUGUGUGACUUGCUGUGGUCUGAUCCCCAACCACAGGUAAAAUACAAAUAGAUUUUUUUUUUCCAAUUCAAAUCCUCAAAGCUUGUUCUGUCCUUCCAGAUGCACGAAACUUUGGAUUUCCCCCAAAAUAAGCUGAAUCUUUCUCUUAUCAGGACGGAAGGUCUACUAGCAAGCGGGGUGUGAGCUGUCAAUUUGGUCCAGAUGUUUCAAGAAGGUUCCUAAAAGAGAAUGGUCUUGAUUAUAUUAUCCGCAGUCACGAGGUGAAACCCGAAGGAUACGAGGUGUGUCACGAUGGGCUUUGUGUGACUGUCUUCUCCGCACCCAACUACUGGUGAGAAAGGCCUCUCUUCAUAUUUGUCACAUGCACUCUCAUCAAAUGUUUCUUUCUCUCAUUGUUUCUAUUUUCUUGUUGUAGUGAUCAGAUGGGUAAUAAAGGUGCAUAUAUACAUCUCAGUGGUUCAGACCUAAAGCCCAAGUUCCACCAGUUUGAAGCAGUGGUGAGUCUUCUUUUGGUUUACAAUAUGGAAUAAAAAAAACAGAAGUCCAAAUUGGGGUGUCUGUUAUGACAUUUCUUUCUUUUUUUGCUAACUGGAGCUCAUUUCUCCCUUUCCCUCACAGCCGCACCCCAAUGUCAAGCCAAUGAUGUACGCAAAUUCUCUGCUCCAGAUGGGAAUGAUGUGAGGAGGUUUCAGGCAAUGGUGCUCGCACUGCAGCUGCUCCCCCACGGAGGGGUACUUCGGAAGAGACUGAAAGAGUUGCUCUGUAUUUUUCCCCAUCUCCCCCUCCACAGUUGGAGGUGUUACAGGGAAACAAAAGGAAUAUUUUUUAAUACUGUAAAUGAGGCAGAAGUACAAGGGGCAGACAAGAGUUGGGAAUGUUAUUUCACGUGUUAUCUGAGGGCGGGAUGUGUGUGUGUGCGCGUGGGCCUUGCUGUCUGCAGUGAGUGAGACGUGUGGCUGAAUGUGAAUGUGAGUGUGUGUGUCAUAUCAGCUAGAAACGCACAAUAAUCAUAUCCCUGGUCCCUCCUGUAUUACAUUUCCGUAUAUCUUUACCCUCCUGUAUACGUUCCAUGUGUGCAAUACCCCUUCGCGCUGUCUGUAAUUUACAAGCUUCUAAUAAAGAUUACAAUCAACUUCAUAUCUGUGAUUGUAAAUGGGAAGGAAACGAGUGAGUGCCAUCGUUACAUCACGUGACCGCAUGGCGCUUUGUUACAUUGCCAAUAAUCUAUUCUCCCUAAUGCCUAUAUCUGUCAUACUAGAAGGAUUCUGUAUUAACAUCAGCGUCAUUCAUGCUUCCCUAAUACAAAGCUAUGAUUCAGGUUAAACCAACACCCCCUUCUGGAGAUUGCAUUUUUGAAAUCAUUUCCAAAAGGUGAAUGCCAUUUAGUUUCAAACUUGCAAUUUAAAGAUUAAGUAAUACAUGAUGCAAUAACCAGUUUCUAGUCAAAUAACUAAAAAAAGAAAAAUUCCAGAAAGUCUUGCUCCUGUUGUUAAAUUACUGUCAUUUACAGGCCUUGACCUGUUGCUGUUACCUCUUUACAAUUAACCCCUUAAACUGUCCUUUCAGCCCAUAUUGGCUCCACAGUUAUAGGUGGUAAAAUACUGGAGUCCAUUCUUUCAUACAUCUCCAUAUCUACCGUUCAUCAAAAAGGAAAACCUAGUUAUCUAUCUACCCCACCCCACAAUCACAGUUUAAAAUCCCCUUUAUAGUCUUCCCAGCCAUACUAACAUACAUCAGAUUCACACCCCACUGACUCAUCCUCACAUUAAAGGGAAUAUUAUAAAUACACACAGCUCAACCUGGCUAGUAGUGUAAUAUAUAUAGAUAUAAGCUGAUCAUCCACAAUAUUAAAACUUAUGUAGGUCCCCCUUCGUGGUGCCAAAACAGCUUGUCUGCAUCAAGGCAUGGACUCCACACGACCUCUUGGCAUGUCCUGUGUUAUCUGACCCCAAGACACUGGCAGCAGAUCCUUUAUGUCCAGCAAGUUUUGCAUGGGUGCCAAGGCAAAACCUUGGACUCUUGUCAUGUUCUUCAAACCCUACCUGAACAAGUUUUGCAGUUUGCAUUGUCCUCCGGAAAGAGGCCACUGCCAUCAGGGAACACCAUUGCAAUGAAGGGGUGUAUGUGGGCUGCAGCAGUCUCUACCACGCAUUCUGAUCUGAAAUCUGCCCUUAUCCCAUAAACCUCUAUUCAGCUGGAGUAGAAUUGAGUCGCUCCCAGUCCAGCUGUCAGUCAUUGGUUUAAGCUCUGCCCUUUUCUUUUAUUGAACUCUGUUUGUUUGUAAAUGAGGAGAUAGUGAAACGAUAGUGGUUACAUAUAAAAAGUUCACUUUUUAGGUUGUUUUUCUGCCUAUUCCCGCAUUGCAACAUGCCUUUUAUUUUGAAAAUUGUUUUGGUUCACAAAUUUAUUUCCAAUGUAUAAAAGAAUACACUCGAAAGUGUGCUGCUAUUUCUUUUAUUUUGGGAGAGGUGGAGGGGGGAACAUAUUUCAAUUGUCACAAUUUUUACUUGACAAUUUGUUUUGGUGUCUCCUCCAAAGCAAUAAAACCCAGGGAAUUGACAGUCAAUCUGUAAGUAAAAUAAUAGUUCUAACUUGCUAGGUACAGUUUUUUUUGACAAUCGGUGAAAACAAAAUUUUGUAUAGAGGUCCAGUGUGUCAGAAUGAAGGCCCGGAGUAACAUAUAAUCCUAUAUAUUCAUUAUGUACAGGUUGG